GUCCCCAUCAGCAUCCAUAUUAACGAACCACACCGCACGUUAACGAGAGAAAAGACAAAGAAACACCACACCGCUUUACCUCCCUUUCACACCUCCCUCCCAUCCUCCCCCCAUCCUCCCCCUUCUCAAUCAUGACCAACAAUACCCAACAGCCCAUAGCAACCCCAACCUCCCCUUCACUCCCAUCCCUACCGGCCUCCGAACCCUCCUCCCUCGCCACCUCGCCCGCUCUCUCUCAAUCCAGCAGCAAAUUCAAACCUCAGCCUAUCAAUAUCAUCCACAGCAAGAGCCUUGAGCCCCCUCAAUCCUCCCCGAGGAGAGGUUCGAUUGCCGCCCAUUUGAUGCACUUUGCCGCAAAGUCUACCUCGUCGCUUCAUCUCCUCUCCAGCUCUGCGCCGGCCCGCAGCGGCCCUGGCUCGGCCUCGUCUCAGGAAGUCGAGGUCCGGUCUCAGGUCCUCCCUCUUCGCUCCACUUUCUCGAACCCCUUCAAAAAGCUGCAGAAUACUUUCCAGGGCAACAGCAGUUCCUCCAAGAAGAGUCCCGACCUAGGGGCACUUAAGGCGACAGAGAGGAUCGCGUCAUCAUCAUCCUCCGUCAACUCGAUGGUCUCGUGGCGAUCCAAGGGUGCUGAGAUCUUUUCGAAGAAGACCUGGGGUCGUUCCCGCAAGAUCUCUCACUCAUCUUCUUGCACUUCCUUUCUUUGUUCCUGAUGCAUUUGUAACAUUUUUAGAUUCAGAACCAACCUUUGGCGCAAAAGGCAUUGCCCAGAGUCCUAUCUUUGGGGCCAGCCCCGAGGACGCAGUCCGUAUGUCUCACAUCCCAGGCACGCCCAUGGUCCCCGCAGUCCUCUACCGCUGUGCUGAAUACCUCGAGGCCAAGGGCAUUGACGAAGU